AUGCCGGAGUCGAUCAUAUUCUCCGGGGCGAAUAACCCCCAGAAGAGCGUGAUGAAGCCAACGGCCACUUUCACUGGUGAGGUCUACCUAGACUUGGUCUCCAUGGACUCAGCUGCCUCAUUGGCAAAUGUUACCUUCACACCUUGUGCGCGUACCUACUGGCACACCCACGAGGGUGGCCAAAUGAUCAAGGUAUCGUCCGGGACAGGUUGGAUCUGUGACAAGGGAGGAGAGGCUCGUCGGAUCAAGGCCGGCGAUGUUAUCUGGGCUCCGCCGGGUACUACACAUUGGCACGGUGCCGACGAUGGUUCUAUUAUGACUCACUUCGUUGUUGGCAUCGGCGAGACCAAGUGGCAUGACGAGGUCACCAACGAGGAGUAUCACAAGCGAGUGGAGAAUUAA